CUCAUUUAGUUGAGUUACCAGUCUAAAACAAUGAUUUGUGUCGAUUUCAUUCGCUCCUCUGUCCUCUUUUUAUAUAAAUAGCUGUACGUUCGUGUUGGUUUCCGUCCUCGAGCAACAUAUUUCCAGUACAAAUAAAGCUUUUUUCUUUGCUUUUCUUUUCUUUUUAUAACUUCGCUAGGUCCCUCAGAUUAGCAGCGCAUGAAGAGUUCGAAGUCUUCAGAGGGCCGUUUUCUCUGAAGGAAUUACAGGAGCCCAGUUGAAGCUGUCGGAGGAAAACUUUUGGUGAGUCAGUUAUGUAUGGUUUUCUCUGUUUAAGACAGCUACUACCACUCAAACACAGGAGGACCCAUUUGGGUUUUCUUCAGAAAAAUGGUUUCUUUAUUGCCAAAUCGUUUACAUCAGUAGGUAGUUUAUCUGAAUCUAAUCAAAAACCAGAAGAAGAGGAAAAACUUUCUUUUGCAGUGUCUUACCUCGUAAACUCUUGUGGGUUGUCCACAAAAUCUGCAAUUUUAGCAUCCCAGAGCCAUAGGGUACUAUUUCAGAGCCCAGAGAGACCAGACUCAGUGCUGAAUCUUUUCAAAGAGAAUGGAUUCAGCAAUGCCCAGAUCUCCAAAAUCGUUAGGAUUCAUCCCCUGAUUCUUUUAUCUGAUCCUGAGAAGACCCUUUUGCCCAAGAUUGAGCUUUUGCGUUCCAUAGGGGUUUCGAGCUCUGAACUCAUUACUAUCCUCUCGUCAAACCCAUUGCUGUUCAAAAGCAACUUAAAGAAACGUCUUAUCCCCUGCUAUGAUUUCCUCAAGAGUGUACUUCUUGUCGACGAGAAAGUCCUGAAAACCUUCAAGCGCUCACCGCGGUCUUUUCUAUGUGAUGAAACGAAUACUAUGGCUCCUAACAUUGCACUUUUGAGACAACUUGGAGCGCCUCCAUCUACAAUCUCUUUGCUGGUUAUUAAUUUUCCCUCUGAAGCGUUUAUUAAGCAUACGAAGUUUGUUGAGGCUGUCCACCAGGUGAAGGAAAUGGGAUUCGAUCCCAUGAAAACGGUGUUUGUCCUGGCAAUCCGAGUGUUAUUGAAGAUGAGUAAACCAAAGCUGGAAUCAAGAUUGGAGCUUUAUAAGAGGUGGGGUUGGUCAAAGGACAUGUCCCUCGCAGCAUUUAAAAGGUUUCCAAAUUGUAUGCUAUCUUCAGAAGAGAAGAUCACGAAAACAAUGGAUUUCCUUGUGAACAAAAUUGGUUGGCCAUCAGCAAAUAUUGCUAAACAUCCUUCUGUUAUAUCUUUAAGCUUGGAAAAGAGAAUUAUCCCUCGGUGUUACGUUGUUCAAAUUUUGCAAGCAAAGGGUUUGGUUAAGAAUAACUUGGCCGUGGGGACUUUCUUGCUGCCGACUGAGAGGAUAUUUUUGGAGAAGUUUGUGAAAAGAUUUCGGGAUGAUGUUCCUGAAUUGUUGAAUGUAUAUCAGGCAUCUAGUUUUCGUUCUUGAUGAUGAAGUCAUUGUGCAUAAAUGUGUGUGAAAGUGCUGGAGUUGGCUGGAAAUGCAGCUCGUGACAACAAUAAGAACAAGAUCAUUCCAAGGCUGCCAAAGAGGGAGCUUUGUUUGGCAGAGCAUUUCCUUUUUCCGUUGUUACUGUUUAUCACCAUUUCCCAAAAAAAUCAAUAUCAAAACAUUCUAACUUUUUUCACUUUUUAUAUCACAUUAUUCACUUUUUAUUUUUUUUCAAGCGCUCACCACGAGCUUUUCUAAGUAAUGUAACGAAUACUAUGGCUCCUAACAUUGCUCUUUUGAGACAACUUGGAGCGCCUCCUCCAUCUACAAUCUCUUUCCUGGUAACUAAUUAUCCCUCUUCAGCUUUUAUUAAGCAUACUAGGUUUGUUGAGGCUGUCCACCAGGUAAUGGAAAUGAGAUUCGACCCAUUGAAAACAGCGUUUGUCGAGGCAAUCUAGAUGUUAUUGAAGAUGAGUAAACCAAAGCAGGAAUCAAGAUUUGAGCUUUAUAAGAGGUGGGGUUGGUCAAAGGACAUGGCCCUCGCAGCGCUUAAAAGGUUUUCAAGUUGUAUGCUAUCUUCAGAAGAGAAUAUCACGAAGACAAUGGAUUUCCUCGUGAACAAAAUUGGUUGGCCAUCAGCAAAUAUUGCUACAAAUCCUUCUGUUAUAAAAUUAAGCUUGGAAAAGAGAAUUAUCCCUCGGUGUUGUGUUCAAAUUUUGCAAGCAAAGGGCUUCGUUAAGAAUAACUUGGCCGUAGGGACUCUUAUGCAUACGACUGAGAGGAAGUUUUUGGAGAAGUUUGUGAUCAGAUUUCGGGAUGAUGUUCCUCAAUUGUUGAAUGUAUAUGAGGGUAAGAUGUCUUCUGGAUAUAGGAUUUCAGUCUCAGAAGGUAUGUGGGAUGGAAAACUCGUAACAUUUUGACUUGCAAUUUGAUUUAUGU